UCGUGCUCGUCGCCGAUGGCUGAAGCCUGGAGGCUGGAAGAAGACGAGGAAGAGCGGAGAGAGCUCGCCAGGAGGCACAGGAGAGGCAACUUGAGCCCAGCGAACGAUCGUACUGAAAGAAAUAAACCUGACCACCGCUCUUCAGGCCAAGGCCCCCUGUCUUCCAUUAAAGCAGUAAUCAAGAGGACUUCCCGUACUUCUGGCCAUAGUGAACAGCAAAGAGAGAGAAGACGCCCUGAAAUCACUAUAGUUGCAGCUGAGCCAAUUAGGCCAUCUACCUGGUUUCCAGGUGGAAAUCAUGUCUCUCGGCAAGGGCUAGUUUUCCCAUCACCUCCCUCCCCAGGUUCCUGGAGAACAAAUGCACUUGCUCCAGCUGAGCCACCGUCAUAUGAACAGGUAAUCAAAGAGAUCGGUCAAGUGCAAGUCGGUACAACCAGUCACAACAAUGCCGCUGGUACUGCUAAUUCCAGAUGUACUGCUACAUCAUCGACACAGACUGACUUUCCAGAGGAGAUAAUCAGCAGUUCGCCAGUAAUUAAUGUGAAAAGUAAUCUGCAUGCUCUUUGUGAAUGUGAAACCACUCCAGCUGUACAAAUUCCUCACAGGCCGCCUAGACCAUUGUCCUCUCUACUGAACAACAAUCCUUCCAAAAACGAGGACCUAGUUGUCUUGGAAGAGCAGACAUGUCAGGAGAAACCUGAUGCUGUCACAUGCCCAGUGCCAAAACCAAGAUCAAAAGGCAAUCUGAAACCUGUUGGUAAAGAAACUCAAAAUAAUACAGAAGACAAUCAGGAAGAAACAAGCCAGUCAAGGGAAACCUCCUCAAUUCAGCUGGUAACUCUACUAGAUGAUAACUUAUUGGAUAGUCAUGUGGUGAUGAACGGAAUGGAUACAGAUAAGAGCCAAAGCAGUAUGGUAUCACGCAUCAAAGCUUUUGAAACACAGGCAAAUACAGAAACUUCAGGACUAGCAAAGAAGCCAGAAAUUUCUCCACGUUUAUUAGCCCCCAAGCCUACAGUUAGUGUAAAAAAACCUGUGGUUGCUUCAAAGCCAGAAGCUAUCAGAACUUCAGGUGAGUGGGAUUCAUGGACAGAAAGCAAAUUUAAGCUUGCUUCCCAGGAAAGACACCUUCAGCCUCAGGAAGCUGGGAGCAACAUUACAACCAAGCCCGAACUGCCAAAGAAACCCAAACCAGACACUGUAAAAAGCAGUAACAAUGGGCCGCUUAAUCCAGGGAGCAGAUGGACUUCAGAGAACACUGAAGGACAGAAAAAAUCCCCCGUUCCUACUCCCCGGCCUCUUGUACCCAAGAAGUCAGUAUCUUUUGAAAGUCCUGCAGUUCCUCUUCUUCCACUGCAACCAUCCAGUUCUGCUCCCAAACUCUCUGUAGCUGCCCAGUCAAAUGCGUUCAGGUCUCUGGGGGAGCCAACUGCAAGCAGCCUCUCGGCACCUCCCCGGCAGAGCACGUCAUCUAGGGAAGGAGAUCUGAUCAGCUUUGAGGAUGUUUUACCAUUUAACUCAGCUGGAGCUGUUCAAGAACUUACCCAUUCAGAAGCAGAUUUUGUAAAUUUGCUCUCCAAAAAUGAACCUGCAAAAGAACAGGUAAUCCAACCAGCUGUUGUGCGGAAGCCUACUGUGAUCAGAAUCCCAUCAAAAGCAGCAAAAGCUUUAAAUGAAGCUUCAGAAUGUCCUCCACCGCUUCCUAUUGAGAAGCCUAUUGGAAACAUAUUAAGUAUAUCAACUGGAAAGCCCAAUAACGUCAAAACAACAAAAAAGGAAUCUGAGUGUUCUAGUUUGACGCAGUCAUCUAAGAAUGAACCCACAAUGCCCCCAAGGCCUGUUGAGGGGAAAAUCAUACCAGCUCGACCUCCUGCACCUAAGGGUGCCCCAGGAAGGCCGCCACCACCAAAGUCCACUAAAACGUCAUCACAAACGGACAAUUUUUGUCGCUCGUCAUCCGACACAACCCUCCACAAAAAACACAGCAUGUUUGGAUUAGGAGUUAAAAGGGCAAAGAGUCAGAUCAGUAAAAAUCAAGAUCCAGUAUUACCCCCUCGGCCUAAACCAGGUCAUCCUCUCUACAAUAAAUACAUGCUUCCUGUGCCCCAUGGAAUUGCCAAGGAAGAUAUUUCUUCCCAAACUACUGGAAGCUUUUCCUGCAAGGAGUCAAACAAGACGCAGAAUGUCUCUGACACAAGUGCUCCUCAUGCGAUAGUGCGGCAUGAUUUUCUAGCAGAACAUCCUGAGGAUUUGGGCCUAAAUUCUGGAGAAACUGUUUAUCUUCUGAAGAAAAUAGAUGAUGAGUGGUACAGAGGAAAAUGCAAAAAUCGCACAGGGAUCUUUCCUGCCAGCUUUGUCAAAGUUAUUGUUGAUAUUCCUGAAGAAAGCAACAGGAAAAAGGUACCGUUUUCAUCGCCAAGUGUUACAGGCCCUAGAUGUAUAGCUCGAUUUGAAUACAUUGGAGAUCAAAACGACGAAUUAAGCUUUUCAGAAGGUGAAAUUAUUAUUUUAAAGGAAUAUGUCAAUGAAGAAUGGGCCAAAGGAGAGCUGAGAGGUGCUUCUGGAAUUUUCCCCUUGAACUUUGUAGAAGUUCUUGAAGAUCUCCCAGCACCAGAUGCUGGAGCAGCACUGAAGAAUAAGAAAGAGAAUUGUGCAUCAGUGACACAGUUGGAACAGCAUUCGGGAGAGUGGUGUGAUGCACUCCAUGAUUUUAUAGCAGAAACCAAUGAAGACUUAUCCUUUAAAAAGGGAGAUCGCAUCUUGAUACUGGAGCGUGUGGACUCGGAAUGGUACAGAGGGAGACUAAAUGGGAAAGAAGGAAUUUUUCCUGCCAUUUUUGUACUCAUUUGCUCAGAAGGACCAAAACCUCCACCAGGCAAGAGAAGAGGCCAGGCUCUGUAUGACUUCUGUGCAGAGAACGUAGAUGAACUCUCCUUCAAAGCUGGUGAUAUGAUAACAGAACUUGAAUCUGUAGAUGAAGACUGGAUGAGUGGAGAGUUACGUGACAAGUCUGGAAUAUUUCCCAAAAACUUUGUCCAGAUUUUUCAAUAAUUCCAAAGCUGAAAUCCACUUCAGAGCCUGGCCAUACAAGUGAACAGUUUUCCAG